AUGCCGUUGCUCUCCGAGCCGGCCACAAAGGAGGCGCGCCGGCGCGAGGGGAGCUGGGACGUGUAUGUGCUUUGGGUGCUGGCGGCGGGACUCGGCGCCUAUGCCAUUUAUGCAGGCUCCAUUCUGCUGCUGGCCACGGCUGUGACCGUGUCCUAUCUCAUGCUUACAACCAUGCUCAUGUGGACUGCCUGGAUGGCCGUGGUUCUGCUUGCCCUGCUCAUUGCUCUCUCAUCCUUGUUCAUCAUGGUCCCAGCCGCGUUUCUGCCAGGCCAACCCCACACUCAAGAGGUUUGUGUGUGCCUGAUGAGUGCUGCCGAUCAACUCUCCGAGCCCGCGUUGUCUAGGCCAGUUGUGUUGGCUCCAUCCCUCAUUGAUGUGCACCGGGCGCUUGUACUUUGUGCUUCCGAGCAGCCGGCGUUGCGCGACACGGUUGCGGUGGGCUUGAUUUUGGCAUUCUUGCUGCACUGGACGUGCUGGCCACACGCACACCCGGCCAUGGUGGUGGUGGACAUUAUUCUAGCAAUCGUUUUUGCGGGCUUGGCGUUUUUGACCAUGACGGUUCGCGGAUUCAUCGGCAAAACGGUACGUUCGUCACGGGCGAGCUCUCAAGUGGACUGCGGCAGUGGCUUCGUCGCGCUCGGGACCCCUCGUCCGCCCGCUGACCGCCACGGUGCAACCCAGUGGUCGAAUGUGGUGGUUGCCGAUGGGCGUGGUGUUCGCUUGGACGCGGCGUUUUAUCAACACCCACGACAACUCCAGCACGCAGCACCUGAUCGUCGUUGGAUCUUGUACAUGGGAGGCAACGGCGAAGUAUAUGAGUUCAACUUGGCCAUCAUGGAGGAGCUUGCGCAGACCUUGGGCGUCAAUGUCUUUCUUUACAACUACCGAGGUGUAGCGUUCAGUGAUGGGGAGGCGACCUCGGGAGAGGACCUGGUGAAUGACGCCAUGUUGAUUCUUACAUACCUAGAGGAGCAGCUUGCCGCCAAUCCACGUCACGUGCUACUCCUGGGACGCAGCAUUGGCGGUGGCAUUGGUACUUUGGCGCGAGCAUGCCACUCGCCCCAAGGGCCAAUUGUCUCGGAUCGCUCCUUUGCCUCGCUACCAGACGCAGCCUUCAGCCGUUUGGAUGCUGCUGGAGCCUGGCCGGCGUUGCAGGGCAAGAAGAUGCUCAUAUAUCACGAUGAUGAUGAGAUUAUUCACUACGAUCGUGCAUCCUUGCACAAGCGGCUGCUGGGUGCCAAUGCUUUGGGGGACACCGUGGUGGUGCGUCUCACGCGCGCCGACGAAGAGGUGGUUGACUUUCAUAACACUCCUCUCAAGGUGUUUGCGGAAUAUCCCGACAUUAUCAAGGAGUGGCGUGCCAUGCUCAGUUUGGAUGGUGCACCGGUUGCGGAAUCCAGCAGUGUUACUGUGACAGGGGCGAGUGCGUGAGGUGCACGCGGGGCGUGCCGAGGAGUAAAAAUCUGAUGGCCUUGCAAGUUGUUUGUUCAUUUGUGUUCUGUUCGAGUGAGUGGGGUUUCCAUCCCAAAAAAUCGACGCACGGGACGAAUG